CCUUCUUCAGCUCAUUUGAGGAGUGUGGUGAAGAAACGUUCGAGAUAACACUGAAAAAGAAGUCUAUCAAACACGACCUACCGAUCCAGUUAGGCUUCUUUGUAUACCAGUAUGCUAAGAUGCGAAUGCUUAGCUUUUACUACGAUGUUGUCGAUCGAUUCGUUGACAGACGAGACUACUGUGUUUUAGAGAUGGAUACAGACAGUUUGUAUCUUGCUGUCAGUGGAAUGGAUUUAGACAGUGUCGUAAAGCCUGAAAUGACACAAGAAUGGGAGGAAGCUAAAAAGGAGUGGUUUCCACGGAUUGACAGCAAAUCCAAUGCGGCAUACGAUCUAAGGACCCCAGGAUUGUUCAAGAUGGAAUGGGAAGGUGACGGGUUUGUCGGCUUGGCUGCCAAAACUUAUUACUGCUUCCAUAACAACUCUCCCGACAAGGAUAAACAUAGUGCAAAGGGUAUCAACAGAAAUUUUCGCCUGAGCAAAGAAGAUUAUUUGAAGGUUCUCAACAAAGACCCGAAACAAGAAUUACAAGUAAACAAGGGUUUCAUUGUCAAAGGACAAAGCAUGUACACAUACGAACUCACCAAAAAGGGCCUUGAUCAUUUAUAUGUCAAGAGGAAGGUUUUAGAUAACGGUAUUAGCACGACUUAUUUAGAUAUUUAAGGUGAUGUGUGAUCGUCGACUAAUUGAGAUGAAAAUUUACCAUGGU